AUGGUUUUUCUUCUCUUUUUUCCCUUUAUUGUUUUAAGAAAAGCUUUCUUUUUUAAGAUUCUCUUAUUUUUUCCUUUUCAUUAUUUUCUUUUCCUUUUUCUUUGUCUUUUCUUCUCUUUUUUUUUAGCUUGUCAUUCUUUUUCCUUUCUUUUCUUUUCUUUUCUUUUUUUCUCCAUAUUCAUUUCCUUCUUUUCCUUUCUCUUUUUUUUUCUUCUCCUUUUCUCUUUAUCAUUCCUUCUUUUCCUUUCUUUGAAUUUUUUCUUCUUUUUCUUUUUUUCUCUUUUCAUUCCUUCUUUUCCUUUCUCUUUUUUUCUCUCUACCAUUUCUUAUGUCCUUCCUUCUUUUUCUUUUUUUGUUUUUUCUUCUCUUAUUUUCCCUUGUCAUUCCUUUUUUCCUUUUUCUUUUUCUUCUCUUUUUUUCUCUUUUUUUUUCCCUUUUUCCUUUCUCUUUAUAUUUUUUUUCCUUUGUCAUUCCCUUCUUUUCUUUUUCUGCUUUCUUCUCUUUUUUUCUCUUGUCAUUCCUUCUUUUCCUUUCUCUACUUUUUCUUCUCUUAUUUCUCUUUUUUCUUUUUUUUCCUUUCUUUUUUUUAUUUUUUUCCCCAAUUUGUAUUUAUUCCUUCUUUUUCCUUUCUCUUUUUUUCUUCUCUUUUUUUUUUCUCUUGUUAUUCCUUCUUUUCCUUUCUCUUUUUUUCUUUUCUUUUUCACCUUGUCAUUUCCUUUUUUCCUUUUUCUUUUUUUUCUUUUUUUUUUUCUUGUCAUUCCUUUUUUUCCUUUCUCUGCUUUCUCUUCUCUUUUUCCCCUUGUCAUUCCUUCUUUUCCUUUCUCUCUUUUCUUCUUUUUUCCCUUUUUUUCCCUUAAAAAGUCCUUCUAUCCUUUUCUUUUUAAUUUUUUUUUUUUGUCAUUCCUUGUUUUCCUAUUCUCAAAUUUUGUUUCUCUUUUUUCCCUUUCAUUCCUUCUUUUUCCUUUCUCACGAGUUUCUUCUCUUUUUUUCUUUUCAUUCCUUCUUUUCCUUUCUCUUUUUUUCUUCUCUGAUUUCAAUAAAUUCAUUUGA